UUUGCGAAGUAAUGGACCUCGAUCCGGUACCAAUUUUAAUGUUCAAGGCCAUCUUCAGCAAUAUAGGCGGAGCCGCCACCCCUGUAGGAGACCCCCCUUGCGUCAUUGUUGCUUCCAACAAAGACGUUAUACAAGCCGGUAUCAACUUCACGAAUUUCACAGCCCACAUGUCUCUAGGUGUCAUUUUGGUGUUUAUUCAGACUACAAUUCAAUUCAGAUUGAUGUAUAGAGACACCAAUAAGUUGCGGUUGAAUGUACCGAGGGAUAUUCAAGAACUUCGCCAGCAAAUCUCCAUCUGGCGCCGAGCCGCAGAAUCCCUUCCUCAUCUUAGCAAAGACGUACUAGCGGUUAGAGAACGCCUGGAACGAAAAAUAGGGAAGUUGAAUUUACAGCUGGAAAAGUUGGAGAAGAAAAGCAGCAAAAGAGCUUGCCCAAAAGAUACUUAUCAAAGUACGUUAAUGGAGUUGAAGGAGAAGUUCAAAAUCCGUGACAAGAUAUUGUUGGCAAAAGCUUCAUUUGCUAUUUGCUUCGUCGUGGUCUUAUUCUUUCUUCACUCAAUACCAGAACUUAAUGGCGUAUCUCUGGGUUGGACUGCAUUACUCGGCGCCAUCUUACUCCUUAUCCUGGCUGACAGAGAAGACCUCGAACCUAUUCUUCACAGAGUUGAAUGGUCUACAUUGUUGUUCUUUGCUGCGCUAUUUGUGCUCAUGGAGGCUUUGUCCAAACUUGGCUUGAUUCUGUACAUCGGAGGUCUAAUGGAACAACUUAUCAUACAAGUCGAUGAAAAAGCGCGAUUAGCUGCAGCUAUCGUUAUUAUUGUAUGGGUAUCAGGAAUAAUAUCAGCAUUCGUAGAUAAUAUACCAUUAACUACAAUGAUGGUAAGAGUCGUGAACAACAUGGCGACGAACCCAAAUUUGAACCUGCCUUUAGGGCCUUUGAUUUGGGCUUUGCUGUUCGGUGCUUGCUUGGGAGGAAACGGCACUCUAAUAGGUGCAAGUGCAAACGUGGUCUGCGCUGGAGUCGCCGAACAGCACGGAUACAAGUUCACGUUCUCUAAAUAUUUCAAGACUGGCUUCCCUAUCAUGAUUGGACACUUCACAGUAGCUUCGUUUUAUUUACUGUUAUGCCACUGUGUUUUUACUUGGCACUGAUAACUUUAACUUGUUUUUUAUCAUUAACUGUCCUAAAAGUGAUUCUUCAGUCGCGAGGCAAAUUUUAAUGUGAGUUUUAGUGAUUUUACUGAACAGUUAUUCUCUUUAACAAAAGUGUCUCCAAAACAUAGUUGUACCUCUUUAAAAGUCCCGUCACCGAGAGACAUCCUAUUAUAGUUAUUACCUUAGAAUAAUAACGCAUAGAAUGAUAGUUUCAUAUCAAACGAACUGUCACAAGUGAGGCAAAAAUCAAAUUCAUGUAGGCUAGUUUUAGUAGUAGGUUAAUUUUCGGUUUUAGUGA